UCUAAUACACUUUUCUACAUACACACACGUAAUACAUUACAACAGUGUAUAAUAUUUUAAUGCAUUUUUUGCAUAUAAAAGCCUUUAUCAGCGAACAUUGGGAUUUUAUUUGUGAUUUAAAGUGAAGCGGAACUGUCUGUGUUCAUUUCUUCUUACGUGUUACAGCAGUCAGUGUGAUUUUAUUCGUUAUAACAACGCGCGUGCGCUUUUUACGGAAAUAGUUGAAAUUUUUGCAAUUUAUAUUAUUUGAUUUACAUUAAUAAAAUUUUAGUUAAAGCUGCACUUGUUUAAGUCUUUGAAAUAAAUAAAAAAUAAAAACUAAACAAGAAUAAAUAAUCUAAAAAUGGAAACUAAACAAAUGGAAACUAAUAUACAAAAUUUUUAUAAAAAUAAAGUUGUAUUUUUGACAGGCGGUACCGGAUUUUUAGGAAAAGUGUUUAUUGAAAAACUUUUACGUUCUACAGAUGUAGCUAAAGUCUACGUUUUAACACGACCUAAGGCAGGCGUGGAUAUCAAAGAACGUUUUAGUAAAAUCCUAAAAGAUCCACUUUUUGAAAAAUUGUGCACCAUCAAACCGAAUCCAAUGAAAUAUAUUAAACCUAUUGCUGGCGAUUGUACACUGCCAAAUUUGGGAAUAUCAAGUGCGGAAGAUCGUGAAGAGUUAAUUGAAAAUGUUGAUAUUGUUGUACAUGUGGCAGCAACAGUCAGAUUUAAUGAACCACUGAGCAAUGCUACAAAAAUAAAUGUGCAAGCAACCGUGGAAUUAAUAAAUUUAGCCAAAGAAAUGAAAAAACUCAAAUCCUUCGUUCAUGUCUCUUCAGCAUUUGCCAAUUGUUUAGUGUUCAAUGCCAGCGAAACCUAUUAUACUGAAUACCUGGGCAUUAGUAGCGAUAAAUUAUUACAAAUCAAAGAUGUAUUAGGUGAUGAAACAUUGGAUCGUAUGGAAGGUGAAUUGGUGGGAAAGUUUCCAAACACAUAUUGCUAUACAAAAUCAUUGGCCGAAGAAGCAGUAUUAACUAAGGCUAAUAACUUGCCUAUAUGUAUAUUUAGGCCGGGAAUAAUUUUACCCACUAGUGAUGAACCCCUAACUGGUUGGAUUGAUAAUUUAUAUGGACCCAUGAGUGUACUUUAUGGCAGUGCCUAUGGUGUGUUGAGAGUAAUGUAUGGCUGUCCCACAAAUAAAGCGGGUCUAGUGCCGGUAGAUUAUUGUGCCAAUAUGAUGUUAGCCUGUGGUUGGUAUACCGCCACCGCUGUUAAACAGAUACCUUCCAAGGAUCCUCCUAUAUAUAGCUUGGUGCCUGAUGAAACAAAUCUUUUAGAAUGGGGUGCCUAUAAGAAAUACGUUGAAGUGCAUGGUGUCCAAAUUCCUUUGUCCACCAUGAUUUGGUAUCCAUUUCUGAUAUUUGCCAGUAAUGUAUGGUAUUACAAAUUUUUAUGUUUUGUCUAUCAUACGGUGCCCGGUUAUAUAAUAGAUUUUUUAUUAUUAAUUAUAGGCAAAAAACCGAGAAUGACUAAAGCUUAUAAAAAGAUUCAUAUGCAAUGUGGUUUGCUGCGUUAUUUUCUAGACAAUGAGUUUACAUUCGAUACAACGAAUGCGAAACAAUUGUGGAAAUCUAUGAGUGUUGAUGAUCAAAAACUAUUUAAAUUUGAUAUGCGCUCCUUAAAUUGGAGUAAUUACUUUUAUAAUAGUUUAUUUGGUUUAAGAAAAUUUUUGGCCAAAGAUGAACCCGAUACUAUACCCAAGGCUAAAAAAUUAUUAAGGAGAUUGUAUUUUGCUCAUUGUACUGUUCAGACUUUAGUAUGUGUCGGAGUUCUGUGGCUGUUAUGGAUUAUAUUGAAAUUAAUUUUUCUUUCAUAGUUUAAGUAAUUAGUUUUUAAAAUGUAUGUGUUAAAAUAUUAGGUUUAUUUUAUUUUUAAGGGUUUUUAUAAUAAAAAAUCAUUAUCAUGGUUUA